AUGUCCAAGGGCAGCCCGUACCUGCCUUACUUUACCUUUACAACUCGGAAAGUAUCUUUUGAGCUCUCAACUUGCCUGUGGAAGGGACGGGAGAUGAGGAAAGACGACAGAACUCGUUUCAUCUUUUGCAUCUCAGUCGCUCAAACGGUACAAGUCACUCCCAUGAGUAGGGCUGUCCACAUGUAUCCGUUUUCACCAAUUCUACCAGUAGUUGUCUUACAUGCUCCACCAGAUCGUGGCGCGCUGAGCACAAGACGGUCGUCUAGAGCACCGCUCAGAUACCAAUAUCCCGGGACACCUCACCACACCACACCACACCAAAGAUUCAAGUACACGUUGCUGGUGCUGUCGUCCCAAACCCAGCUCAGCACAGGAUGCAGGGGAAGCUUUUCCAGGGCGCAGCAUUGGAUCGAGCUGUGGUUUGGGUUCCAAUCGGAGAGGGACGGCUUCGGGCCGCGAGGUUUGACUGAUGAUUCGACUGACUCUUGGUCUCUUCUUCGCCCUCCUUUCAACGCCCCAGACCAUGUCCACGUUGCGCCGGAGCUAUGCUUCAGAUUGAGGUACGGAGUACAAAGAACCCAAAAGCCAAAGAGGAUGAUGGAAACGGGCGCAUCAACGCCGUUUCUGCUCUCUCUGGGACCGGCGAGCGUUUGUCUGCUUUGUGUCCUUCCCUUGAUACCCGUGCCACUCAAUGCACCGUCAAUUAUCUGCUCGCACUCGAAACGACUGAACGGGAGCUGCCCUGAUCUGCGUCUACCUGAAUUGUUUGGCAGCAUGUGGUCGCAGUCCGGCAACAAAGAUACAUACGGCGACACCAGAUUGAGGAAGGAGGGACGCGGAACCGUUCCUGAUGCUCCUACCGUCGCUCUCUGCCCUCAGGUGCUAGAUGAUCGAGAUGCCGACCCGUCUUUCUGGUUUGCAAUUAUUGGAUCGCUUCCUAUUGGAUCGGCCUUAUUCGACUUGCCCGCUGAGGGGCGGAGGGUCGUGCCUGUCCAUCAUCGAAAGUGGUGUACUCCGUACGCAGUAAUCUUGAUCAUUCCUCGUCAUCGUAUUUUGGCCAAGGACUGCCAGGACGCGUAUCUCUCCGUCACCUCUGCCGUUAAGAACAAACAUCUGGCAGAGAAAAUCUUGGCCACAAGCACAACUCGUCUACAACCUCUUCCCAGCUCUUCCAGGGCUAAUCCCAACAUGGUCCUGGCUAGACAAUUCUUAGGGAUCCAGAAACUCACUAAUCCCAUGCCGACGCUACGGGCCAUCUUCUCCGUUUACCCGGCCUUGCCUGGCCGCGACAAAGGGGACGGGAGCCACGCACGCAGCACUGGGCGACACCCUCAGUUUCACUCAGAGCCCCGGGGUCCAGGCUGGUCAAAAUUGCUCGCCCAAGGGCAAGAUGGCACAGGACGGUCGAGACGAGAAACUGCAGCUCGUGGCACAUGGAGCCUGGGGUUGCUGAGUUGGCAAUGCAGUUGCGACUUGCGAGAGCUUUACAGUAACAACAUAGCGGAGACUGAUAGCAACAACGGUGACACGCAGUCGAUGCAAGCAGCAAGUGGAAACCUGAGGGCGUAUUCUGCUUGCGAUCUCGCGGGCCUUAACAUGGUGUUGCACUCGAAGCCGGAUCGCUUGCUCGAGACUUGCGACGAAACGGACGGCAGCGGGAACGGGAACGGGAGCGGGAACGGCAUCUCUGCCGCCUAA